AGCGGAAGUCGAAACCCGCAACAGCUCCUCCGAGGCAGCAUCUUAAAACUGCGACAAGAAACCAGAGUGUUCGCCCCCGCGAUCCGCGGACGCCCGGGGUGGGUGUUGGCCCGUCGGCCGAGACCCGGGGCACCAGAGGAGCCUUGACUUGCUCUCUUUAUCAGCAGUCAUCUGACUUCAGCAUGAUUACCUCUCGGUUACUGGUUUAUGUGGCAGUUUUGGUUCUCUGUGUCAUAAAAGUCAGCUCCCGGGAUACAUUUAUUGCAGCUGUUUAUGAACAUGCAGUGAAAUUGCCUAAUGCCACCCUAGUACCAGUGUCCCAUGAAGAGGCAUUGGCAGUAAUGAACCAAAAUCUGGACCUGUUGGAGGCAGCAAUCACUUCAGCAGCAAACCAGGGUGCACAUAUUAUUGUGACUCCAGAAGAUGGUAUUUAUGGCUGGAACUUUAGCAGGGAAACUAUCUACCCAUACUUGGAGGAUAUCCCAGACCCUGGAGUGAACUGGAUCCCUUGUAAUAAUCCUAAAAGGUUUGGCUACACCCCAGUGCAAGAAAGACUCAGCUGCCUGGCCAAGGACAACUCUAUCUACGUUGUAGCUAAUAUUGGAGAUAAGAAGCCAUGCAAUGCCAGUGACUCUCAGUGUCCCCUCGAUGGUCGUUAUCAAUACAACACUGAUGUGGUGUUUGAUUCUCAGGGAAAACUGGUGGCACGCUACCAUAAGCACAACCUUUUCAUGGGUGAAAAUCAAUUCAAUGUACCCAAGAAACCUGAGAUUGUGACUUUUGACACCAUCUUUGGAAGAUUUGGCGUUUUCACAUGCUUUGAUAUACUCUUCUAUGAUCCUGCUGUUACUCUGGUGAAAGAUUUCCAUGUGGAUACCAUAGUCUUCCCAACAGCAUGGAUGAAUGUUUUGCCACAUUUAUCAGCUAUUCAAUUCCACUCAGCUUGGGCAAUGGGCAUGGGAGUCAACUUCCUUGCAUCCAAUAUACAUCACCCCUCAAAAAGAAUGACAGGAAGUGGCAUCUAUGCACCCGAUUCUCCAAGAGCAUUUCAUUAUGAUAUGAAGACAAAAGAGGGAAAACUUCUCCUCUCACAACUGGAUUCUUAUACACAUCACCCUAUCGUGGUGAAUUGGACUUCUUAUGCCAGUGGUAUAAAAGCAUUCCCAACAGAAAAUCAGGAAUUUACAGGUACUGCUUUUUUUGAUGAAUUCACCUUCUUGGAGCUCACAAGAGUCACAGGAAAUUACACAGUUUGUCAGAAAAAACUCUGCUGUCAUCUAAGCUACAAGAUGUCUGAAAAGAGAACAGAUGAAGUUUAUGCCCUAGGGGCGUUUGAUGGACUACAUGUUGUCGAAGGGAGGUAUUAUUUACAGAUUUGUACUCUGCUGAAGUGUAAAACAGCACAUGUACAUACUUGUGGUGGUGCAGUUGAAACUGCUUCUACCAGGUUUGACAUGUUUUCCCUCAGUGGUACUUUUGGAACCCAGUAUGUUUUCCCUGAGGUGUUGCUAAGUGAAACUCAGCUUGCACCCGGAGAAUUUCAGGUGUCAAGUGACGGACGGUUGUUUAGCAUGAAGCCGCUAUCUGGACCCCUCUUGACCGUGACUCUGUUUGGGAGAAUAUAUGAGAAGGACCAGACAUUAAAGGCUUCAUCAGAUCCCAGGUCACAAGUACCAGGAGUAAUGCUCUUAGUCAUAAUACCAAUUGUGUGCUCAUUAAGUUGGUAGAAUAUUUUCAUUUGUUCUCUUUUAUUUUGUGUAAUUUAAAAAAUGAUGGAUGAGAAAAGAAUGAAGACCAUAACAGUGGUCAUGGUCUCUUGUACAAGCAAAUACAAGUAUAUUUUCAUAUAUAGUUUACUGUUUUUUAGACACACACACACACACACACCCCAGAUAAUAGAUGCCGGAUAAACUGUGACAUAAUUUUGAAAGUAAAAUCUAUAAAAUGAGAGUAACAGUUUUACCCAUAUUUUACAGGAUUUCUUGGGGUGAGAAUUAAAUAAUUGAAUACAUUUAAAGUCCUUAGGCAAGUUUCUGGGUCUGGUAUGUGUGCUAGCUAUUAUAACUGUGUGACUAUCACAAUAAAAGCACGUGUGAUAUA